CUCUAACAUACGCUGGAGGAGGCGGUCCUAGCACCAAAGGACGCCGUUUAUCACAUCACAUAGAAGCUUUGAAUUAUUCUUUUUUUUUUUUUUUUGGUGGUGGUGGUGUUGUUAUUCAUGAAAUAACUUGAACAUCGUAGAUACACAAUGAUUUCGCCGUGGGACCGGUGGUACUCGACGAGCUGCUGCCUCUGCUGCCAUGUACGGACAGGGACCAUUAUUCUGGGAAUAUGGUAUAUGCUCAUCAAUGCGGUUGUCCUACUCAUCUUGUUGUCGGCUCUCAAUGACCCAGUUCAAUACCGCUACCACCUUACCAGCACUGAGCUGGGAACUGACAUUGAUGUCAUGGACGAUGCAAAUAUCUGCAUAGCCACUGCGAUAUCCCUGCUCAUGAUUCUUAUAUGUGGCAUGGCAACAUAUGGUGCUUACAAGCAACAUGCUGCUUGGAUCAUUCCAUUCUUCUGCUACCAAAUCUUUGACUUCGCCCUUAACACACUGGUAGCCAUAAGUGUGGUUGUUUAUCCCAACACGGUGCAGGACUACCUCCAGCAGCUGCCGGGGACAUUCCCUUACAAAGAGGACAUCAUGUCCACCAACAACAUGUGCCUAGUUUUUGCAGUCCUCCUCUUCAUUGGCUGCAUCCUCUCCUUCAAGGCCUACCUGAUUGGCUGUGUGUGGAACUGCUACAGAUAUGUGAGCGGCAGGGGCACCACGGAAGUCCUGGUUUAUGUCACCACCAAUGACACCACGGUUCUGCUACCACCGUACGAGGAGGCCAUCGCCAUACCACCGAAGGAGCCCCCUCCCCAGUAUAUGGAGGCAUGAGAGACGUCCUCGCUGCCGGACCCCAUAGCCCAAGCUCCUACCACGUGUCCCUCCUCCAACAGUAGAACCCGAACGCUGGCUGGAACAUGCUAGAACUAGACAAAAGUCUUAGGAGGCUGGUUCCGGCUUGGAUUCCUGCCAACCUUUAAUUAGAUUAGGCUGACCCUGUGCCAGUAUUGUCAUCAACUCUUCCCCUCCACCACUAUGGUCGUUGUGACGUACUUUCCUCCCCUCUCGUCUCCUCUGUCCUCCUAAAGGACAGAAUCGCAGCAAAUACGUCCGUUACCAACCACCCCUCUUGGCAGCUGCUGUCCCCUGGCAGCAUCUCAAAUCUUGCACGUCCUGAACACUCUGUCCCAACUUAAUUUGCACUUUUCUUUGAGUGAAACGUGCCCCCGGGUUUGGCCACCAACUGUUAAUCCCCCCAAUACUGUGAAUCUCCCUAGUGGUCUUUGUCUAGAAACACACUACCUGAAGAGAGAAAGUGAGAGAGUGAGAAGGAAUGCGACAUACAUGAUCAGUUAUGCAAGAGCACUUUUUUCAGAAAUUGACAAAUUCCUUCAUUGAAUGUAAAGUCGAGGUAUUUUUGUAUGACAUUUUUGUAUACCAGUUAAAACUGAGAGAAAAAGAAGUGAAUAGUUAAAAGGCUUUCCUCUUGUGACAUCAUACAUGUACUGAUGAGGCUUGUCCUGCAGAAAAUCAUUUUGAAAAAAAGGGUUCUCGGCCAGUAUCAACGUCUUCCUUUUGUAUCCAUGUAAAAAACCUUGUUCACCCAUUGAUCCCAAUCACAAUAUUCCAGUUUGCCUUCCUGUCCAUUUCCUGUCUGUUCCGAGAUCUCGCAAGCUGAGAAAGACUGGCGUCAAUGUGAUGUGAAGCACACAAACAUAAAUGUUUCUCACACUGCAGACUCAAAUCCAAGAAGGCAAUACACGUACUAUGGUACAUUAGUGGUUGGUCUUGUGUUCCCGUCAAGCUGCAGCUUCAACAGCAUUGUCUGUGUCUUUAUUGUGUGUGUUUUUUACGUGGAUCAUGGUGUAUAAUCUGAUCUUUUUAGAUGAGCUACUUUAGCUGGACUGAGGGCAUUUUCCUAUGAAGGCAGCACAACAUGCUGCUGUACAUGCAGAGACCAUUUUAUGUGUGUUUGUUUGUGUGUGUGUGUGCUUGCCUGAGCGCUAUGUAUGACGUUAUAAUGUAACUCCUUGUUUCUUUCGUAUGUAGUAACAUUUUCCUUUGCACAUGCAGUGAUAUCGUGUUGAGAUAUUUCCUGUGCUGGUGACGUUUUUUUGAAAUUAACGAUGGAUGGGAAUCUAAAGCAUUGAUUUAGCUUAGCGUAGUAGCACAAAGAUCAAUAUACAGUAUAUAUGAAGCUAGAUGUUUGUCUUUUGCAGACAAUUAUGAGAAAUAAUAAUGGAACAAACUAUAUUAGAUGAACCUAAUCCCAUUCUUUCCAAUAAUUCCUUAAUAGUAUUUGCUAACCACUUCAGACUAUGCAACAGUGCAUUCAACAACUGAUACUAAUACUGUAGUUCAUAAUGUAGCCAGACAUUUGUUGGCCCUUUUGUCAUUUUCCCUGUGUCAAAUAUGACCACUGCUUUUGCAGAUACAGCAAAGCUAAAAAAUUAAAUUGCACUUUAAAGUCAGCGUGGGCUCACUGGAAACUUAUGUGUUUGUUAUUUGUAUUCAUCUUAACUACGAUAUGCUGUAGCUAAUUGGUUCUAAAUAUGAUUAUCCACCCUCUUCUGGAUGAUACAAGCAUCUAAAACCCGACAUUAAUUAGUAUUGGCAUUGUGUGAUGUGAUAGAAAAGCUGCAGAUUUUUUCAUGUGACUGAAGGAGGAUUUCAGCUGCAGGGUUUAGAGAAAAGGCUUGUAAAGUUUCUGGACCAGUGGAUGGCUGAUGUCUCAUUUUAUUUGAAUCACUUGAAGACUGUUUAUCCAUUGCUUUUCAUUCACACACAUCCUCUUGUUGGAUCUACAUGAGCUCAUGCCUUCAAUUCUGAAUAAUAA